AUGACAUCCAUGGAGCUGGAGUUGGACGUCGUUGCGGAGUCCCCGCCCCCCCCCCGGGAGCAGAGCGAUGAGGAGGGCGCGGAUGGCUCGGAGGCCCCCAACACUUCGAACACGUCCAGGUCGAGUAAGCGGAAACGUGACGGCCUUGAGAGCGUCGACGACAAGAGCGGUGCUGCGAAGGCAGCGGCCAGCUCGAAGAAUGCUGCGUUGCUCGGAUUGAAGAAGGCGACCAAAGUCAACAACAGGAGGUGCAAAGUGUGCGGCCUUCACUUCCGCCCCGAGGGCAUGGGGUCCAAGGCGCCCUAUUGCAUCAGAUGCAAAAGCAAGGUGGAUCAGGUGUCCCGCCUUGCGCGCUCCCAAGGCCGCAAAGAAUGGUUUUCCGAUCUCCGCGGCAACGAGGCCAAGCUUGCCAAAGUCGUGGCGAAGUACCGCGAGCUCGCGGGCGACGACGGCGACGGCCCAGGCGCAGUCAAGAAGCAGAAGGCCGGGCAGACCGGAGUGUCGGCAAAGGCCCUCUUCGAGGUCUUGGACAAGCACCUCGCUGGCUCCCGGGUCUCCUUCGAUUCCGAAUUGCUGCAAUGGAAAAGCCUCAUCGAGGAGCAACCGGAUACCGAGGAGCUGGUUUGGGAUCGCAAGGGAAAGGAUGGUGCUCUUCGUGUGGGCAUCAGUGUGGCCGACAUGGUGCGGUUGUCCAACUUCAAGGAAAGAUCUAAGGAGUUCACGGAGAAGAAGACGGAGAAGAACUUGGACUCCGUUGCUAUCGCGGGGCACAAGAAGUGGCUCACGAGCGGCGAUGGUCGCGAUGAGGAGGCCGUGGUCACUGCCUCAAAGAUUGUCAGGAGUGGGUCGGCUGGCGACUGUUUCUCUGGCCGCGGCUAUGACAUCGAUGUCGGUGCCUUGGAUAGCGGGAGUGAGGAGUUGGAGCCGGAGCCGAUGGUAAAGAGGGCGGCAUCUGAGGGCGAUGGUGACGCUGACACUGCCGAAGGUGACAAGAGCUCCACCUCCUCCCCGAAGAAGCCGGAUCCGCAGGGCAAGGCCAAGGCCAAGGCAAAGAAGUGGGAUCGGGACACAGUGAUCGCUGCGAAGAUUCGCGCUGAGCAAACUGCGAUUCUUCAGAUGGAAGUGGCGGUCCAGGGUCGGUUGAAGGAUUGCCGGGCAGCGCUCGCCGAGGCAGCUGCGAAGGGAUCAGUGUGUGCGGAGGAGACCAAGGUUGAGCAGACCACAUUGGAGAAGCGAGUUCGGUUCUUGUCCGCUGUGAUGGAAAAGACUGAGGACGAGCUCCAGGCCUUGAUCAACCAGUACGAUGAUGCAGACUCCUCUGCCGAGGCUCCGGGAUCAGUGCCCUUGGCAUCGGGCCCAGCGCCGGCUGUGCCUACCUCAGCUGCCACCGUGGCGACAUCGUGGGCCUCUCAGCUCACGAAUGCCCCGCCCUGCGAGAACUUCCGUGCGUUGAAGACUUUGGCUUCCUCCAAGGACACCGUUGACGACCUGUGGCAGGCGACGACGGCAAAUGAGCUGAAGGACCUGGCCAAGCAUCGCGUCUCAGGCCGCAAGCCCAUCACCGAGCUCAACCAGGCGUGCAACACAGGCUUGCGAGAGUUGAAGAAAGCCCUCACCAGCUUCGACCAGAGAGCCAAGACGAAGACCGCCGGUGCCGCUGCCACUGCGAAGGGCAAGAAGACGCCGCCCUCCAUCUUCGAAAGCGGCUUGGAGUUCGGCACAGCUGUGCCUGAGGUGCAGGACGUAAAGGCGGUGGAUGUGUCGCUCCCUUGCUUGAUCAAGCUCACCGAGGAGCAGGUGGCUCUCCUGAGCACUGAUUGCGUGAACGCCAGUGGCGAGCAGUUCUGCGCAGCCUUCGCGACCCAUGUGAAGAACCACACGCGAGGUCAGGUCACAAAGCAUCCGGAUGCCCGGACCAAAGCCCGUGCAGCCUGCAAGGCGCAGCCUGAAGCGGCUGAGGUGUGGACGCAACUCCUGGGGUCCCUCGGCAACCUGGUGAUGCCGCUGGAUGGGUUUGCUUGCAUGCCGUAUCAUGUGGGUGUGGAGGGCUCAUCUGUGACAGCUUCGAACGAGCAAGACUUCCUUGCGAGUGUGCGUGCUGUGACAAAAGGCACCAGGACCAUCCUUGCCAUGCCGUACAGCUUGGCCGUCGAGGUGUUUGGGUCCAGCUCACCCUCUUCCCUUUGGUCGAAGUUGGUUGCCGCAUCCGAGGAGCAGCUGAAAGCACUUUCCACCGGGAAAGGCGCGAAGAAGCUGUACAUCGUGACGCAUGGCGUCGGCGAGGUGCUCUACAUGCCCCAAGGCUGGUUGUUUGCGGAGCGGGUGACGAAGGUGGAUUGCCAUGCCAUGAUGUCCCGCGGUGUUGUGCUCCGCAACGCGGAGUCUGCCCUUGCUGAGAUUGAGGUGGUGCAGAUGCUGCUGACGGGGGCCCAGAACGACAAGGACUGCGAGAACAUCAAGAAGAUCCGGGUCGUGCUUGAAAACGCCAUGCAACAGCGGGAGCAUGACCGUGCUGCUGCAGCAGCGGCUGCAGCUGGGGCCGCGGCCAAGGAGGCGGCCCAGGUUCCCGUGGAUCAGAAGAUGAAUCCCGAGGUCGCGACCGUGAAGGAGAAUCUAACCGAGAUGUGA